AUGUUCAGAAGAAACAAAACGACUGUUGAUGAGUUUGUUUUCUUGGGAGUCGCAGAUACUUGGGAGCUGCAGGUCAUUCUCUUUGUGCUGUUCCUCCUGAUCUCUGUCACCUCGUUGGUGGGGAACCUCGGCAUGAUCACAUUAAUCAGACUGGAUUCCCGACUCCGCACCCCCAUGUACUUCUUCCUCAGCCACCUCUCCCUGGUAGACCUCGGGAAUUCCUCAGCAGUCGCUCCCAAAAUGCUCCUGAGCUUCUUUGAAGAAAGGAAAGUCAUCUCCGUGCCCGGCUGUGCAGCCCAGAUGUAUUUUUGCGGCGUCUGCAUGAUCACCGAGUGUUACCUGCUGGCUGCCAUGGCCUACGACCGGUACGUGGCCAUCUGCAACCCUCUGCGCUACGGGGCCACCAUGUCUCGAAAGCUUUGUGUCCAGCUGGCUGUAGGAUGCUACGCGGUGGCUACUGUGAAUGAAAUAGCACUUGUCAGCUCAACAUUCAGCCUACAUUUCUGUGGCACUAACGUCAUCAAUCACUUCUUCUGUGACAUUCCUCCGCUCCUCAAACUCUCCUGUUCCGGGACGACUGGCAGCGAACACGUGCUUUUUGCUGUUGCUGCUUUCAUUGCUCUCAGCACUUUAGUGUUUAUUCUCGUCUCUUAUGGUUAUAUCCUCACCACCGUCCUGAGGAUCAGCUCCUCAGAGGGCAAGCACAAAGCUUUCUCCACCUGUGCCUCACAUUUGAUAUCAGUCUCGUUGUUUUACGGGACUAUGAUCUUCAUGUACCUCCGUCCCAGCUCUAGCUACUCCCUGGACCGGGACAAAGUGGUGUCUGUUGUCUACACCCUGGUGAUUCCCAUGCUGAACCCCCUGAUCUACAGCCUGAGGAACACAGAGGUGAAGGAUGCGCUCAAGAGGCUCCUGGGAAACGUUCUUGUUUCCUUUAGAAAUCAAACUGGUAAAGAGGUGUCGUAA